UUCAAAUGAUGAAAAUACAUCCCUAGUUAUGGGUUGUGUCACAGGAACAAAGAAUAUCACCCAAAGACUAAAAGAGAUGACAGAUGGCAGCAGUGUAAAAAGUAGAAAUGUACCGUUAGGCUCUGCACCACCCCGUAGACUUGGCACAGAUGAGGCAGUGUUUCAGGCCCACAAAGGAGUGAAAGCGUUUGAUUUCUCCAAGGAGAAGAACCUACUGGUAACAGGUGGACUUGACCGGAUUCUUCGUCUCUGGAAUCCUUAUAUUACAGGAUGGCCAACCGGUUUACUUCAUGGGCACAAUGCACCGAUCAGUUUUGUUCAUUUGUCAAGUGAUGAUGAUAGGAUCUACUCUCUCUCCACAGAUAUCAAUAUAAUGGUGUGGAGUAUUGAAAGCCAAGCAUGCCUGGCCAGCAUUAUAUCUACCGCUAGCCAUAUUAAGGGAGAACUGUCUGCUUUCCACUUCUCUCAUGACCUGGGGGCACUCUGCAUUGCUACUGAUACCCUUGCUGUCCUGCGGUUCAGACAUAAAGAAGCAAAGUGUAAUUCUUCCACUUCCCAUAAGUUACCUAUCAUAUGCUGUCGAUACAAUGCUCAGUCCCAGCACGUUAUCAGCUGUUCAGAAGACUCGGUUGUAAAAGUAUGGGAUUUCAACACAGGAGCCCUGCUGUUUGAGUUUAAUGCUGCACAUAACACAGCAGCUGUAAGCUGCAUGACACUGGAUAGCAGCGGAAAAAGGAUUCUAACCGGAGGCAGAGAUGGCUGUGUGAGAAAAUGGGAUUGCAGUACUCAUCAGUGCAUAGCAUUGUUUUCCCCAGUGAAAGAUAGCCCAGAAGAGGUUACGUGUUGUAUUCAAGCUGAGAUUCACAGCAAUAAAUAUAUUAUUUCCGCUGGCUGUGAUAGAAGAAUCAACAUUUAUCCUGAUCUUCAAGAUAAUUCAAAAGGUGUACAGAGUCUUGCUUCCCAGUGGUUACAUCAAGAGCCAAGUCCUCAUUAUGAAGAUAUUGUGUGUAUUGCUUUGUGGCCCCCAAACCUUCUUGCCACCUCCAGCUGUGGGGGAGAGGUUCUUAUUUGGAACCUAAUUUCAGGAAAGGUUUUCUGUCGGCUUGGCUCCUUGCCUCAAUCUCCACUGCAUGAUGCUUCAGGUGAAGAUCAGAAUGUUGGCAAAAUUCUCUUCAUUCCAUCCCGAGGUGCUUCCCACAAAACAGCAGCAUCCUUGAUUGCCAGUGGCCCUGGAGGGUGUAUUCAUUUUUGGAACAUGUUUGGUGGUGGAAGGCUGUUUGCCAGAUUUAGAACACCUUCUAUCAGCACCACCAUCACUGAUUUGGCUUUGGGAAAAGAUGACUCCCUUCUACUUGCCUCUGACCAGCUGGGUUUUGUGCAUGUGUGGGAUAUUGCACAGUUUGCACAACAAAAUGUAGAAACAACAGCUCCUCCACUACUACACAGUUGGAAGGCCCACCCAGUUAGCAUUACAAGUGUUGAGUUUGUUCCGGAACAGCUGCUCAUUUUAACAUCAUCUCGUGACUGUCUGCUGAGACUGUGGACCUGCAAGGGGACUCUGAUUGGAACCUUUGGUGUGAGUAAUCCCUGGGAUGUAAAAGAGCAGUCAACAUGGAAGCAGGAUCUUCCAACUGAACUGAAAAGUGGCACAGAAGAUCAUUUGCCUGACAUGCAGCCAGCUUAUGGUUUGGGGUCCGAAGUCACUGGCAGUUAUGCAGAUUUCAGCGACACAGACACAAAUCAGCAGCUGCUUGUCUCCUACAGCAGUGACCUGAAUAUUGCAGAGGAGGUGCAGAAGUAUCAGUCUUUUCCCAGAGUCCACCGCAACCAGCUGAAACAAAUUACAAUACCCCAUGUAUGUGGAAGAAUGAUGACCUACCACUCUUUGAGCUGCUAUGAGCUGGCAGAUGUCCGCCGGACUAUUCAGAAACCUAACCCUGCUGCUGAGCUCAAUGAUCCUUAUGAUUUUUCUUUCUAAACUGGCCCACCAUAUUCUCGUUCAUAAGUACUAAUGUUUGUAGAAAAAAAGUGAGAAACACAAGCCUGCGGUGAAGCACUUCUGCCUACUCCAUGGCAUGUCUGUCUUUAAUCCAACCACCUGUGGGCUCAUAUUAUCACGAAACUGAAUGUCACAUUCUGAACUCAGCAAUAGCGAUCUGAAAAUGUUGCGAGAUGAGUGAGAGUGUAAAUAUCCACCAGUGCGAGAUACUGUCAAGAAUGGAGAUGAUGGAGUAGUUUCAGGUUGAUUAAACAGAAGAUGAAGAUGGAGCGCGGCACAGGAAAACGGCUCCUAUCUCACACACACUCCUUGAAAGUCAAGUGUUUUUCACAGUGUAGUCCGCUGUCUAUAACCAGAAUGCUACAUUUUGUUUCCAAAAGGGGUAACCUUUUAUGGAACAUGGGACCAUAAUUUAUGUGCUACUGUGUCCCACCUUGCAGGGUCACCACAAUGAAGACACUGACUACGCAUAAGCCAAAAAAAACAAAAAAACCAACAAACAGCUAAACUCACAAAUAUGUUUACAUGGCCUUUUGGUGAACACGUGUGUUCAUUUUGUCUGUGUAUUUCAAGAUCUUUGCUACUAACUACCCUGAAGAACCUCAUUUCCUCCUUGUCCUUCUCCAAUGACAUCUCCAGAUGAACUAUUUCAAUCAAUGUCAUGUAAUAGCUUUACAUUUACUGAUUAUCCCUUUCACAUUUGCUGAGUAUGACAUUAGAUUUUACAUUUUGAAUGCAUUCUCUUGUCCUUGCAAUUUUGUUUCUGAAUCCUGCAUCAGAGUGGGCUUGAUCAGUCAAUGGUGACGUACCGCUCUUUGAAUUUCCAGGAGCAGACAGUCAAUAUUACAGUAAGUGUCCACAUCUCAGGAUGAAUGUGUGCUGGGUAGCGUGGGAGGAACACCUCGAGCAAAUUCUGAACUACAGACAAUAUUGAAAAAUUAUCAGUCAAACUAAACCUGAGACCACUCCUCUAAGUGUUUGUGAGCUUGCAAAACUUAACAUAUGAAAAUUCCAUUGUUUUAUGUUAUAGAUUUGUUAGAGGUCAGUUACUAGAAAGCCUGCAAAAUUUGAACAAAAGUCUGUUGAGGCAUAAAGAGCUCCAACUCAUUUAUUUAAUAUAGUAGAGUGGAUCCAGAAAGCCUUCUGACCCCUUCAUUUUUCGGCACACUUUAUAGUGUUGUAGAUUUAGUUUUAAAUGGACACUCAAUAACCCUUAAGGACAACAUGAAAACACGUUUUCAGAAAAGCUUGCAAAUUUAUUAAAAAUCCAAAAUGGAAAUCUGUUAUUUCUAGAAGUAUUCUGACCCUUUGCAACAGCACUCCAGAUUGUGGCCUGGUGUAUCCUGUUUGCAUUAAUUAUCGUUGAGACGUGCCUAGAACUCAAUUGGAGUCCACAUGUGGCCAGCUGAAUUGGACAUCGUUUAGAAAGGCAGACACCUGUAUACACAAGGUUCCACAAUUCAUACUGCAUGUCAGAUCAAACCAAGCCCUGCAGUCCAAGGAACUCUCUGUAGAUCUUGUAGAUCUCCACCAUCUAUCAUGGCAAGGAAAUAAAACUAUUUCUAAAGCAUUGAGUGUUCCUUGGAGGACACUGGCCACAAUAAUUGUGGAAUGGAAGACGUCUGGAACCACCAAGACUCUUCCUAGAGUUAGGUCCUAGGGUCUUGGUCAGAGUACUGAUCUAAAACCCCAUGGUCACUCGUAACAGAAUUUCUUUGCUGAGAUUUGAGAACCUGUUGGAAGAACAAACCAUCUCAGCAGCACUCCAUCGGUUAGGCAUUUAUGGCUGAGUGACUAGACUGAAGCUAUACUUGGGUGAAAGGCAUUUAAAGGACUUCAAGAGCACGAGGAAAAAGAUUCUCUGGUCUGAUGAGACAAAAUUUGAACUCU